AUGUCCGCGUGGUCCAAAAUCGUGCGCGACGAUCCCGCACCGGCGCCGGUCGACGCCGCCGAAGCGUCCGCGGCGGCGGCGGCUGAGGCGACGCUCGAGAGCAAACUGCGCGACGCCGCGACGCUGAAGGCGGUCGUCGACGCCAACGCCGUGUUCAAGGGCUACGCGCUGACCGACCCGAACGUGCUGUGCGUGACGAUCGCGGAGGUGCUGGAUGAGAUUCGGGACGCCAAGGGACGAGACGCGGUGGCGGCGAGCGCGGGCGCGCUCGAAGUCGCCGAACCGAGCGAAGAAGCGAUCGAAGCGGUGAAACGGUUCGCGAGUAAGACCGGAGACGUGCACGCGCUGUCGAGGGUAGACAUGAAGCUCAUCGCGCUGGCGUAUGACUUGGAGGGAAGAUUCGAACUCGAAUCGUGCGUCUCCUCCGUAACGGCUGAUUACGCCAUGCAAAACGUCAUUCUGCAGAUGGGCCUUAAACUCGUCGCGCCCGACGGCAUGCGCAUCGAGCACCUACGGCGAUGGGUUCUUCGCUGCCACGCGUGCAACGAAAUCACCCGCAAUCUCACUCGUAUGUUUUGUCCCAAGUGCGGCAAUCAAACGUUGCAAAAAGUCGAGCACACCGUCACUCGCGACGGCGUCGAACAAUUCGGCGUUCGUAAAAAGUUUGUUUUACGCGGCAGCAAGUACACCUUGCCCGCGCCCAAGGGUGGUCGCAACGCAAAGAAAAUAAUCUUACGCGAAGACCAACUCAUGAGCGUGCGGCUGACUAAGAAACAAGUAGGCGAAGACGUCUUCGCCGCCGAGUACAACGAGGAAUCGUACGCCGACGCCAAGCACUUCGCCAGUCAGAAGACGGCGUACGAAAUCGGCGGCGGCGACGUCCGUCGCAACCCGAACGAACGUCGUCACGUCGCCACGAACAGGCGUCGAAAGUAG